AUGUCUCAAGAAAGGACCAAGUAUGCUGAUAGCAUACUGACAACCAAGGGACCGUAUGAAGCAAGUGAAACUGUAAGGAUUCGUCUUUCACAGGCGAAAUUAAUCAAUAAGAAUUUCUACUUAUUCUUCAAGGAGAUUGCCAAUCUGAAGAAAUCUUAUACGCAGCAGUUGAGGAAAAUUAUUGACGAUAACGAGGAUUUGAACAAAAUUUUAAAGAGUCAGAUGUUAGAAACCAAGGUUCUUACUGAACAAGAGAUGGGUAAUUUCAAUUUUGAGUCAUUAGGGGAUUUGGAAUCUAUUUGGCUUGCCAUUGUUGAUGAAUUGAAAGCAGAUUUAAGAGCUUCCUCUGAAUUUUGUAACACCUUAGAGGAAGAAGUUAUUGGGGGAUUGGAAAGAGCCAAUGAAAAUGAUCAUAGAUGGUCACAAUCUAAGAAAAUGCAUUCGAAUCUGAGUCAAGUGGCGGCCAAUAUCGAUUAUUUGGUGAGGACCAACGAUCGUGAUGGUAAAUUAGACGAGUUGAGUAAGCGUUGGGAUACGCAAGGACCCAUGCUAUUCGAACUUUUCGAAACCAUUGAUCAUGAUCGGUUAGCAACUUUAAAGAAAUGCGCAUUAAGGUAUCAAACCGGUUACGGUGACUACAUUUUGAGUACUUCUAAGCAGAGUGAAGAAUCCAUGGAAAAAUUUUUAGAAUUCGACCCUGAUGUGGAAAUUGAUAGGUUUGCUCGUGAAGCAAGUAGGUACAGUUUUCAACCUACACCAGUAGCGGUUGAUGGAGCAAGCCCAAGUCCAAGUCCCGCUGGUGGUAACCGUGAAAAGAGAAAGAGCGUAUUUGGCACUGUCGGUAAUAUUGGUCACAGAUUUACUUCCCAAUCUACGGGCAAUACAGUUUUACAUCACGAUUUGAAUAACGACGAAUUUUCUGAUGGUGCCAACAGCGGAUCUUCUUCUGGGCCCGGAACUACCGGGAAAAAGCCUCAGAGUAAACUGAGAUCUAAGGUGGGCUCUAUCUUUGGUAAGGGAAAACUAAGAUCCAGAAGGAAUUCCGAAAUGGGUGGACCUCAACAGUCUUCCAUUAUUCAUGAACCUUCAGAUGACGAAUACUCCCUUAGAAGGUCUGGUUCUGCGACCCAUGCUAGAGAUACUCUACGGGAUAACGGUGGAGAUGCUGGUCCUAGAGCAGCUGACUUUAAUAAGGACGAUGAUACCCGCGGCUCUUACUUUGAUGGUGUUGGUGCCGGUGGUGCCGGUAGCGGCAGUGAUACUAGGACCGCACCUGGUGGAGCCGUUCCUGGCGGAGCGGUCCCUGAAUCUACGGGAUCUGGUUAUUACCAACCACCAAAUUCCACAGUUUCAGGUUCUUACGCAGAACCUACUCCAGCUGCGACAGCUGCCAGCAAUUUAAACACCAGUAGUUAUGGAACAACGGAUACAAUGAAUUCUCCUAACAUGACACAGGCUCCCACGAGACCACUAGAUAGGCAAGAACCACAACGAUCUCAUCAACAGAUUUAUGAUCCUCCUCAGCAAAAUAUGGGCGUCUUGAGGCCCAAUUCCAACAAUGCUGCUCCACUAAAUAACGUUAAAGCACCUACGCUACCACCUGUAAGAAACGGUUCUAUUGAUCCAAUGAAUAGAAACUCUGCUACAACAGAAAACAGAACGUCUGUUAGUGGUCUUGGUGCAAGCGGCCCUGUGGUUGGUGGUCUCGAUGGUUCAGAUGUACCAUCUAGCUUUCCCCGUCAAGGUCCCAUUAACAACAAUUUUGCUCCUGCUAAUUCCGCAGGCCAAGGUGCCCCAAAUUUAGGUGGAAACAUUGACCAAGGUUCCGUCCCACUUUCCAGCAACGCAGGUAGCGCUGGUUUACCAAUCAACAAUAUUGCUUCACCUGAGAUGGUCAGUUCUGCAGAAGGUACCAGAGAAAGUGCAAAUAACUUGUUAAGAUCACAGGUGACUGGUGAUCUGACCGUUUUAAACCCACAAGUGACUGGCCCUUCUACAUCUACAAAAGGGCAAAACGUUUUCCAGCACUCUUCUCUCGAGGGUACCUCUGCCUAUGGUCUUAAUGCAAGUAUUGCAGAAGUGAUCAGUUGUACUUUCAGGGAAGGUAUUGUGGUGGAUUCACAAUUAAUCGGUGAAUUGGCUCUUAAUUACGUCUCCAACACUGCUAUGAACACACCGUUACCUAUUGAAAUUAAUCUAAAGAUCGAUAAAGCCAACAAUUUCUCUAAGAUGGUCUUAAACCAAGCUUUCAUCCAGCGUACAGAGGCAGAGUUCUUUAAAGUCAACCCAUUAUUCAUUGAUGGCAGAACUUUAGGGGCCGUGAAAUACUCCAUGGACAAUCCAUCACCACCAGUAACCAUUCAACCGGUUUGGAGGUUUGAACCACACCAAGCAAGUGUAGUUCUAACCAUUAAAUUCUCCCCUUCGGUACCAUUGGAAGUUAAUAAGUUAGUUUUGGAAGAUGUAGCAGUAUUUGUCUCCAUUGCAGGCGCCGAGACCAAUAGCGCUUUAUCAAAACCACAAGGUUCCUUUAGCAAAGAAAAGAAGAGGAUUGCAUGGAGAUUUAAGGAACCAUUAGUGCUACAUAGGAAUGGCGAAGAAAGGUUAAUUGCCAGAUUUAUUACUGAUCGUACUGCAUGCGAAUCUGAGAAUGGUGUCUCUACGAAAUUCAUCAUUCGCGGACAGGGUCCACGCGAAGGUGACAUUGGUAGCGGAAUCUCAUUAAGAGCACAAGAUUUAGAUGAAAACAAUCCUUUUGGAGGUCCGUGGGAUCUUGUGAACUGUACAAGAACUUUGACUGCAGGCAACUACUACGGUCUUUCUCAAUGA